AAGUGUCCUCCUCAAUGCCCGUCACACAUUUUCUCCACUCCCCUGCCCCCAUCAACCCUCAGUUUGUUCUCUAUAUUUGAGAGUCUCUUAUGGAUUUGUCUCUCUCUGUUUGAAACUAUUUUUUCCCCUUCCCCUUCCCCCACAGUCUUCUGUUAAGUUUCUCAAGUUCCACAGAUGAGUGAAAACAUAUAAUAACCUGUCUUUCCCUGACUGACUUAUUUCACUCAGCAUAAUACCCUCCAGUUCCAUCCACGUUGUUGCAAAUGGCAAGAUUUCAUUCUUUCUCAUUGCCAAGUAGUAUUCCAUUGUAUAUAUAAACCACAUCUUCUUUAUCCAUUCAUCAGUUGAUGACAUUUGGGCUCUUUCCAUGAUUUGGUUCUUGUUGAAAGUGCUGCUAUAAACACUGGGGUCCAUGUGCCCCUAUGAAUGCUUGCAUUAUGUUUCUAUUGGCCAGUGCUGAUAUAGAGAAACCUUCUAUGUUCUCUGUGAGAUUCUCAGGAGAGGAUGUGGUUCAGCCCUGCCCGAGGAGGAGAGCCUCCCCACCAUCAGGUGGCUGCUCUGGUACCAAUCGGCUCUGUGGAGGGAGUGGUGCAGAGCAUGCUGCUGACUCAGGGGAGGCUGGGGGUGUGAUGGCAAUGGGGGCCACAUCCAGGAUAAGAUGUCCUCCUGGUAUCCAAGGAAAAGUAUUACAUGGGAAAGUGGCAGGAUUAUUAUUGAGCCAUUUACGUUUGCUCUACCUCUUUGCCAUCCCCUCUUUAAUCUGCUAGCUGGCCUUUUAGGACCUCCACAUCAGGAGAAUUCGGGUUGCAGAACCAAAGCAGAAGUGUCAGUAGAUUGCCCCUCCACCUAUGGGGGUAGACUAGGCCAGGUGACCAGGGAGGGGGAGGGAGAGCAGGGAGAUUUUGGUCCUGAGACUACGUGGGGAGUGAAGAGGUUAACCACGCUCCUCGUAGUAGCAGGGAUCUGUCCUGCUUGUAGCAGUACCCAGUGGAGGGGGUGGCUGAACUUCAGAGAGGAGAGGCCACCCAGUUCAUCUAGGGAGCCCCUCAGCCUGGCUGGACUUGAACCCUUCUUUUCUGGGAAGCAUGUGAGCGAACAGCCUUUAAGUGACCACAAGAGCUUAGAAAACUAGGAUAAUAGCAAUGGAAGUCCUUCACCCUAAUAUUCUAGGCCUACCAGAUUCCCUUAUGACUCAACAAAAGAUGGAGAUUUCCUCCCUCCUGCUGGGACAGAGGCUUAGAGGAGCCAGAUUUACUCAGUUUGAUUUCACUCUGCAUCGGGAAUACCAGAGGCCUAGGCCAAGGAAGCUCAACUUCCUUUGGUGGUUAUAAGGUUAAUUGCCUCAUUCAUACUUGCCAUGACAAGCUAAGCAGGCCCCCUAAAAUUACAGGGAUAGGACUGUAGUCUCUGAAUGAGUGCUUUCCUCGUUAAGUCAUUCACUUCCUUAAGAUUUCUGGAAUGGAAACUAGGCCUGAUGGUCCAGCCGUUGCUGUCUCUGGAGCCUCCUACUCCAUAUCACCCCACAGGGUCCAUGCUAGAAUUUUCUUCUGGCACCCUACAUUCAGCCAGUCACCACACCCUACCAAGUCUACUUCCAGAGGAUCUCCUGAGUCCAUCCCUCUGGUCCCGCACCAUCAUUGCUCACCCUCUCAUUUCUUACUGGCCUGCAAUACAGCAGGCUCCUCCACGGCCCUAAUCUCUGGCUCUGGCUCUGGCUCUGGCUCUCCGGAUGUUUCCAGAACUGCCUUCGUGGAACUCCAGCUGCCUGUCUUGCUACUCUACUGCUUAAACAGCCACAGUAGCUCCUUUCUUUCUCACUGGAUAUGGUUUGACCUCCUCACUAUGAUAUGAAAAUCCCUUCAAAGUUUGGAUGCUUUCCUCCUCCCUUGCAACCUUCUCUCCGAGAACAUCUUAAACACGCCAGGCCUUGUUCAGGACUCCACAGUCAAAUUUCAUAGGUGGAAAAAUGAAAACAAACAAGCAAACACACAAAAAGCCCCUCAAAUGAGUUCCAGUAAGGGAGAACUCCUCAGAGAGCUGUCAAGAAUGAAAUUCAGUUGUGACUUGCCCUGUCACCCUAUUCCAACCCUAGUUUGUCUUACCCUUUCAGCUUGAAUGAUCUGUGUUCCUUGAAAAGUCCAAAUUCUCAAGGUAGCUGAUUGGUUGCUGCCCAAUCAGUGGGUUUCCUGGUCUCCGAUAAGGUGGCCAUCUCUGGCUAAUCAGUCAUGGUGACAUGGGAGGUUGUUGUGUGGUGUGUGUGGGCUCUUCCAUGGGCUGAGACCUGGGCAGAUUCUCCAGAGCAGUACUUCUAGGCCUUAGUGUGCAUAUGAAUCAUCUGGGGAGCUUGUUAAAAAGCAGAAAUGAACUCAGUGGAUCCGCAGGAGGGCGGGAGUGGAGCUGGGAGUCUGCAUUUCUAACAAGCUCUUGGGUGAUGUUGAUGCUCCUGGUCUAUGGACCACACUUUGAACAGGGAGAUUCUACAAGGGCUGUAGUCAGGACAUGGAGUAAAAAGUAUUCAAUACAUUCCUCUUAUUCAAGAGUGUUCUCUAAUCUUUAUUGCCAUGAAAAAAAAAAUUCUGAUCGGUGUUUAAGGUACAAUUUAAAUGUAACUUCUAUGGAGGUUUUUUUUUUUUUUUCCUCUCAUGGAGUUAAUCACAUGUAAAUCCUCUGUGAUAUCCCAAUGAUCAUUUGCCUAAUAGCUACGUGUAUAUAUCUGUCCCCUCCGUUUUUUGUUUAUUCUAUUUAAUGUAUUUACAUACGGUUUUUCUUUGUGUACAGUUUUGAUGUGCAAUCUGAGUUUUAACCAGCUUGUACAGUUGUGUAACUACCACCACGAGAGGUUCAGAAGAGUUGCAUGGCCCCCAGAUUCCCUUGUGCUGCCCUCCCUGCAACCCCAGCCCCUGGCAACCACUGACCUGUUUCUGUUCCUAUACUUUUGUCUUUUUCAUAAUGUUAUAUAAGUAGAGUCAUACACCAUGUAGCCUUUUGAGUCUCCUCCAUUUUGCUGUAUUUAUGGACCUGAGAUAAUAUGUAAUUCAUCUUUGUUUCUGCCCAGAUAAAUGCCUGGCAUAAAUUUGGUGUUCAGCUACUCCUAUUAGCGGUUCGGCAAUUUCUCUUGUAUUGGAAUCAUCUGCAAGGCUUGCUGAGCCACAGAGUGCAGGAGCCCACCUCCAGAGUUUCUGAUUCAGUAAGUCUGGAGUGGGGUCCAGGAAUUUGCAAUUCUUACAACUCCCAGAUGAUGCUGAUGUUGUGCUCUGGGAGCCCCACUUUGAGAACCAUUGACCCACAGAUGUUCGAUUAUCAAACAUCUCAGGAGAUUCAUAUAUGCCUGCAAAUUUGUGAAUUCCAGCCUCAGUGCCAUUGAAAGGGGAGGGAGUGUGCUUGUGGUACUUUUUUAUACCACACGUGGCUCUCUGCUUUACCAGGGAUAACUUCUUCAGCUCACAGUGACUCAAGAAGCAGAGGACACUGAGAUUUGCUUGAUUCAGUCAUUCUCCCCUUGGGAGGGAAACCAAGACGAACGCAUAGACUCCUGUAGAGGAUGCCAAUGCCAGUCAUAAGCUAAACCAGUUCCAGUUCUCUCUGGUUCUUCACACAGGCUCAAACAACGUUGGUGUGGAAACCGUGUGUGAGUAUGUGUGUGCCAUCUUAGAGAAAGCCAAUGCGAUUAAGGCUGGAUCUGGACUCUGAGGGACAGCUCCUGUGGAUGCUGAGGAUUAGCAGUAACAGCUGCUGUCCUGCCCAUUAGAGGAGAAACAGAAGAGAGAACAAAAGACUUGUUUAAAGGAUGCAUCCCUGCAACUCUGAGUGGGGGGAGCCUUUCCAUCAAGGCUGAAGGAAAGUGUGAUACUAGCUGUUACUUCUCGUGACGCAAGAUAAGGGGAGGAUGAGGGUCCCCGCUGCCCUCACAGGCUGGGCUUGUGCAGCUCUCUGCCUGGCUUCCUGCUCAACUGCCUUUUCUCAUGGUGCCGGCUCAGUGGCCUGUCAGGACAUGCAGCCCAAGCACCUUCAAGCCCAGCCUCAGAACCCCGGCACACACCACAUCACCAUUCACACCAGCAGAUCUUCCUACUUACCGGGAGACAUCGUUCCAGUGACCGUGAGAAGCAGUCGGGAUUUCAUGGGAUUUCUACUACAGGCUCGAAGAGUCUCUGAUCAUCAAAUAGCUGGCACUUUUGUUUCCAUCCCUCCUCAUUCCAAACCGAUGGCUUGUGUUCAAGAGGCUGACACAGUCACCCACUCUGACAAGUCCCGGAAGAGAAACCUGGCCUUCGAGUGGCAGGCUCCUGCCCAGCCUGUGGGGGAUAUUAGAUUCCUUUUAUCAGUGGUCCAGUCAUAUUUCGUUUACUGGGAGAGGAUUGAAUCCCCUGUGAUGUCUCAACAGACACACAGCAGAGCCCAUCGUGAUGGCCCCGUGCAGCCCAGCUCACCGAUGCCAACCCCUGGGUGGAGGCCAGAGGGAACGGAAGGAAUCGCCCCAGCUCCCAGUCCCCCCACCACUCUUCCCCAGCAACGUGCAGACAUCUUUGCUGUUGCCCUAACUAGAGCUACAGAGGAGAACAGCUUAGAUUCUUCUCCUGCCAGUUUUUGGGUGAUGGAAUUUCCUGGGGGCACAGAGACUCUGUUGCAAUCAUCUUCACACACAGCUACUGCAAUCAGCAAUGGCGAGCAACCCAGAGGGGACAGCAGCCCAACCCUAGAACCAUCCUUGGAUGUCCGUGGGCUGGAGAGACUCAUGGCUCCUGGGAGAUUCUCCUCAGAGGGCAUUGCUUCCAGCCCUAGCACCUACUUCAGGACUCAGGAUGAUCCAAGCUUUGGUUCAUUGGAAACUUGCCUGCCCUCGGAUAGAGAUGAACAGGACAAGAUGGAAUCCUCUAAUAGGACUGUGAGGAGGUCCCAUCUGUCCACUGUCCAUCUUACCUAUCCUCGGCAUUUCUGGUCCUCUGAAGCAUUCACUGGGAGUGAGGCUAGGGCAGCCACCUCAACCCCUGUCUUCCACACUUCUGCCACUUCUAGGCCACCUGCUGCAGGCAGCCAGUCAGAGGCAUCUAGGCCUUCUGCCAGCUUCUUACCUCAGUCGAAGUACAAGGAGCCCAGAGUGGGGGAGGGAAAUGGAAGGGGCAGAGGGGGAUACCCCAGGAAGCCCAACCCAAGGCCUGAGGUUGAGCAAGAGGGACACAGUGCCCCUUUGGGGCUCCAGCUCAGGACUUCCCAGCUGGGAAUCCUGCUUUGCCUUUCAGCCACCUUGGGCAUGGCCCUGGCUGCUGGCCUUCGCUACCUGCAUGCCCAAUAUUGCCACACUCAGACGGAAGUAUCCUUCAGUGAGCCUGCUGGGGAUGCUAUUACCAGCAGCGAUGGAGGCGAGACUGUGCAUGUCAGGAAGAUCGGGGAGAACAGUUUUGUUUCAGUUGAAGUGGAAUACAACUGGAUCACUUCCUCUGUGGGUAGUGAGAAAACAGUCCUCUGAGAAGAUCGUGGUACUAGGCAGGCCUCUGAGUGGCUGUCCCUAGACCCUGCGGUGUCUCAGCCAGAACAGAGCUAAUGAGAAUAGCUGAUGAGGACAGGGGCUCCCUGUGCCCCCAUCAGUGAGCAGUUAGUGGAGGAAGCUGUGAGCAGACCGUUUUAUCAACAGAGGGAGUUCUGCCCGAGCUUUGUUGUCUUAACAUCUGUAAUUUAGCUGCUUUUUUUUUUCUUUUCACAAUUAGACGUUCUGUUUGAAGAGUUAAACUCCACACAAUGAAUAUUGUAUAACCUGCUCAUUAACUAAACUCCUGUGGCCGCCAAGCUUCCUCUGUUGCCUUAAGGAACCUGCAGAAAUAGAAAUUCUGUCCCUCCUCAGUAUGUCAGCCUCAUCCCUUCCAACUCUUUGAAAAAAAAAAAAAAAAAAGUAAUGUUGGGGUUGUGUCUCUUGCAAGAAAAAGAACCGUGGCCCUCACUUUGCCUCUCCAAACCACCCCAGAAGAAGUUUCAUUUUCAACACUGGCUCUGCUUCGGUUGACUAGGUGAGUGCAAGGGUAUUCAGUCUUCUUGGAAACUCAGAAGCCUGGCAAAUCCCCUUGGAAAUUGAUCUGAAGCAAGGAGAGUUUGAGAGAGCUCGACUGAACACAUCUGUGGGAAAACGUAUACAUGCUGCAUAAACACCAGAGUGGGGUAAGCAUGCCUCUUCAUCAGGUGUAAAUGGAUCUGAGACUUCCCAUCCAUUUACACUUGAUGGGAGGCUUAUGAAUCCUAACAGCUAGCAAACAUAUUGCCUUUUGCCAAAGGUCAGGCUGAAAAAAACUGAUGAUCCCACAGUUUGAAGAAGAGCCUCUACUCAUCUUUUCAGGGAGAAAAGGAAGACAGCAUUGUGGACAAAGUCCAUUUUCCUGCUCUUGUGAUUUACGAAGAUCACUUUGAUUUAGGACGUGUCCCAUAGAUACUGUGUGGGGUCAACAGGUUUGACUAUAACUUUUGAAUAUACUCACCUAAUAUGACACGCAGAAAUUAGCUGCCUUUUCAGAGCUAGACCUGCUACAGAGUCACAAAGCAUUUUAAUGUAGAAACAGGAAAACACGACACAUCUGGCAAGGGUGUUUAUUCAUCCAGCACCUAGAUCGUACAGGUAGUGUGCUAACUUUGCAUACAUUUUCACAUUUAACUUUCACAAUAACUUAAUGAGGAAAAAGUGUAGUGACUUGCCAAAGAGAGAGAGGCUUUCAUGACAUCUCAGUUCAACAACAAAAACAUUUUUUUUUAAAAACUGGGGUGUGGGAAAGAGCUAGAUCCUGCUGUUUUUCCAGCCUCUUAUAGCUCACUGGGCACUAAUACCACAAUUGUUUCCUCCUGGAUUCUGGGCUAGGCAGAUCUGUCCCGUCUUUAGUCAAGUGCCUCAUUAGGACCAGGGAGACCUAGGUAAUUGUGUGCUCACAAAUGAAAGUGUUCUAGGAAUGCUGUGGAAAUGAGUGAAUUUACUGUACUCCAAUGGCAGCCACAGAUAUCCUUUUACAUAUCUCGCCCUCCUCAAAUGAAAUCCUCCCCGAGAUGCAGACGAGGAACCCACCAGUGGAGAGCUCUCCUCUGACCAUCACAUCAGAUGGCCAAAUGCACUACACGUACACCUUCAAGACCUUACCUGUCCAAGAGGACAUUUUCCUGGGUAAACAGACUGUUGUCUAUUUGUUUCACAACUGUUUGAAAUAAACUAUCCCCAAACUCAGUGGUUUAAAAUAGCCACGACCACCACCACUUGUCCAUCACAGUUCUAGGGUUGGCUGGGCUCAGCUGGGCAGUUCAUUUGUUCCAUGUGUUCUUGACUGAGCUGGAACACCCAAGGUGACUCACUCACGUGGCUGGCAGUUAGUCGCUGGCUGAUGGCUGGCGCUCAGCUGGGGCCGUUGAUGAGUGUAGGCAGCAAUUUGUUCCUUCUCUUCCUGGUUUCUUACAUCAUGAUGGCUGGGUUCCAAGAUGGGUAUUCCAAGCAGACAAAACCAGAAAUUAGGCGAUGUCUUGAGGCCUAGCCUCAGAAAUAACAUGGUUUCACUUCUGCCACUUUCUAGUGGUUACAGGGAGCCAUGGGCCAGCUCUCCUUCUUCAGAAGGAAGGGCGAUGGAUUUCAUUUUUGAUAGGAGAAGUGGCAAAGGAUGCGAAGCUAUGUUUAAUUCACUACCUCUCCGGUUAGAAUACCGACCUGCCACAGGACUUAUGUGAGAGUAGAAGGAAGGGACAUUCAUCCCCAAGAGGUGCCCUGGGGGACUUGUUCUGGAAAACAUCGAAAGGGGUGACGGAAAUCUCAGACAUCAGGGUUAGGUAUUUCCUCUUCUCCGGUUCCACGGGCAAAAUAGUAAAGUGGUGCGGAAGAGUCAGCCAGGCCUCUGAGUCUCAGCUUCCCCAUCAGAGAAAAACAAAACUAUUUACCUGCUUCGGUUGUUGUGAACAUUAAAUGCAUGUUCGACAUUUAGCCAUCUAUAUAACCAACUGCUUAAUGUCACUUUGCAGCCAACACCAUCUUUAAAUCUAGUCCAUUUAGAGAAAUUCCGUGGUCAACAAAAACGUUACUCCCUUUCCAUGACAGCUUCUCCCUGUCGGCCCCUCCUUCUCCUGCCCAGCGCAUGGAGGUGGUCACGGCUUUAGUUGUCAUGGUAGCCACUGGCUACAGUUCCUGCUGGGGGUCACACAUUUUUGCUGAGACAUUCUGAGUAAACUCUUUUUUUGGCAGGGGCAGUGGGGUCCAUAGGCCUGUAGUCAUGAGACAUAAAACCCCUCUGUUACUGUGAACUUGAAAGUCCUCUAAGCCUGGCUUCAGAGAAGCCCCAGAGGGGAGCCAGUAGGAAGUGUUAACCUGAAGGCAUUUACUAAAGCACAAAGACAUUAAAAGUAAAAAAAAAAAAAAAAAAAAAAAAGCAAAGCAACUCAAAUGCAAAGUCUUAACAUAAUUUUUUUUGUUUUGUAGGAACAGCUACAGAAUUGUUGGGCCAGUCACUUCUCAGAGAAGGGGGUUUGGGCUAAAUACACAUUUAAGGGAAAAUGGCAGAAAAACAAUUGUUGAAAACUCUAUUUCAAACAAAUGUUUUUACCUCUAUUGUGUUGUGUUAAUUCAAUAAUAGCAGAUCGAGAGUAGGAGAGUAGGGGAGAGCCUCAACCUUUCUUACAUUGAGAGGCUAUUUCUGAUAUUUCUAAUUGAUUUCUCACCUUGGAUACAAUAUUUUCACUAAAUCACAACCUAAUGCUUAACGAUAGCGUGGCUGAGCUGUCCCACUAUUGAGGCUGUCUGGAUUUUAAUUUGCUGUGACAAUGUUUGUUGCCUUUAAAAAAAAUCCUAAUUAACAACAACAACAAAAAUGGGUCGACAAACCAGUAAAUAUUUAAAUAAGUGUCGUGUUUUAUUUGAAACGUUGUCUAGAGAUGGCUGACACUUUAUGAAUAAAUUACAGAUAUACCCUCUCCCAUUCUGGGACUUCCGGUGUUCAUCAGUGAUCCCAGACUCUCUGGAAUACAGGCUCUGUGAUUUGAUUUCAUUCUACCCCAGACUAUCCCCUUCUUCUAAAAGUGGUGUGCAGCAAGGAAUUUCUUUUAUUCAAAUAAAAUGAAUUUGCGUCCCUUAUUUUAUUAAACUUGAGAACAGCCUCAGAAGAACUCUGCUCCUUCUGCAAGUGGAGGCUUUCAGGUGUUGCAAACCCAGGAACGGUCACCUCUGGUUUAGAGCAUCAGGAGGGCCUUUAUGAUAAAAGGAAGUCUGAAGUUUAGUUUGUUAUUCCAUUUUUUACAUGCAAAAGGAAAAUGUGAAUGUGUUGAGACUCUGCUCUGUUGAAAAUUGAAUGAAGCUUCCAGGACAACUGAGCCCUGUCGAAUGUUUUGUUUUGUUUUGUUUUGUUUUUUGGUGGCUUUUUGCUUUUAAAACAUAACUCAGUUGGUUUUUUUUUUAAUGUUUAUUUUUGAGAGAGAGAGACAGAGUGCGAGUGGGGAGGGGGAGAGAGAGACACACACACAGAAUCCGAAGCAGGCUCCAGGCUCUGAGCUGUCAGCACAGAGCCUGACAUGGGGCUCAAACCCAUGAACCAUGAGAUCAUGACCUGAGCCGAAAUCGGACACUUAACCGACUGAGCCACCCAGGUGCCCCAAAACAUAACUCAGUUUAUGCCACACUGUCUCUGAGUUCUCUGGUGGCUUUCCACCUGUCUCCGAAUAAAGUCUGAGCAUCUGAUUGGACUGACCAGGGGCUGUGAGACCUGGUCCCCUGCCCACCUUCUUCCUGACUCCCCACCUCCACUGUGCAGUCAUGAGCGCUCCUUGAACACUGCACCACUUCAUUCAGAUCACUUGCUCUGGCUGUUCUUGUCUCAAAUCCCAUCCUCUCCGACCUCUCCUCAAGCCUUCAGAGCUUUGUUCCAAUGUUGCCUUAUCGGAGAAGCUCCUCCUGGCCAUUGCAGUCUUUUCUCGCCCUCAGUGCCCCUCUCUGCUUUACAAUAUUUAUAGUACUUAUCACUUCCUGAGUCUUAUGUAUUUAUUUGUGUUGUUUAUUUUCUGCCUCCACCUGACUAGGAUGAGGCAGAGACUUUGUUUUACUCAUUGAUAUUCCCCCAGCCCCUCGAGUUGUUCUUAGUACAUCGUAAGUAAUCAAUAAAAAUUUGCUAAAUGAAUGAAUGGAAAGUUUCGGCUUUGUGUUGCUGCCCCCAGUUCUUAGUCUGGAUUGAAGUUGAAUAUGCAGCACCUGGGGCAGUUCUAGGCAGGGUGUGUGGGCAUCAGGAAAUGCAGGUUCCUGUCUAGAGGUGAACUAGAGUUCUGUGGGCCACUGUCUCCAGGGCAGGGGAUGUUCUGUGUCUCAGAUCCAAGGCUCAGGGAAGUUCUUGGCACAGAGAGGCUGACAAUAGACUUAACCUCCCAAUCUGAGCUGGGGCAGAAGGAAAGCUGAAUGGAGGCUUUCUAAGUCAGAAGCUCCCCGUGAGCACACUUUCUUCAGUAUAGAUACUCCGGCACAUGGUUUCUAAGCCCCCAUACUCUCAACAUUUUGGGCUGGACAAUCUUUUGUUGUGGGGCUGUCCUGUGCAUUGUAGGAUGCUGGGAAGCACAUCUGGCCUCUACCCACUAAUGAGAGUAGCUCCCUCCUCCCCAGUUGUGACAGCCAGAAGUGUCUCCAGACAUUGCCCAAUGUCCCCUGGAAGCCAAAACCAACUCCACUGGGGAACUGCUGGUCGAGUAACUAAGAGCUGCCAUUGUAGGCCCCAGGAUGAAGCAGGCUUUCCUAAAUCGUUCCCAUAUUCGGGGAUAGAGUGGGCAGUACUGACAGAACCAUAGGGUUUAACUGUAGAAAUGGCUUUGAAGGUCAUCUGACUCAGUGGUUUUGACCUUUUAAUUUCGCUUAUUGGGUGGAACGAUAAAAGUUGGAUUCUCUGCUUAAAGUUUGAGGGUAUCUGCCCUUCUUCCUUCCCUCCCCCUUUCUCCCUUUCAGCUCACCUUGAGGCACUGCCUCAGAAAUUUCACCAACAAGCAAGGUUAAACAUCAUUAAAAACACCUCCUUCUUACAGGUGAGGGGAAGAACAAGGCUGCUGAGAGCUCACAGUGGAACAACAAAUUAGAGUCUCGGGCCGUCCACGGACUCCUUCCUUCCAUCCUGAUUUCCAACCCACUUUUCUUUCCAACACACUUGGCAGAUCAUUUGUUUUCUUGGAGCGUGUGGGGUGCUGUAAAUGUUUCAAUAGAUCCAGAGAGAGCCUGGAAUCAAGUAGAAAAAUGCCUGGAAUGAUUAAUCUGCAUGUGCCAUUAGACCCAGGACGAUGGGUCGUGGGGACUGGCCACUCGUGGUGGGCUAGGCCGAGGCCUGACCUGCUGGGCUGGAAUGGACAAGGCCCCAGCAGUGGGUGAUGGGGAGAAGACAGACAAAGGGAAAAGGAACCACUGGGUCCACACAGCAAAGGUGCUGGCUGUCAUUGUCCCACGACCCAGCUAG